AAUUUAUUUCACUGGGAAUGUUAGCGAUGGUAUCAGUUCAAUGACAGCAGAGAAUCAAAUUGGAGAUGUUAGAAUUGUCGGGAAAUUUACUGUAAGAAAUCUACGUAAGCAUAGCUUGAUACCAGCCUCCCGUUUAAUUAUUGAUUGGCCUUUUGAAUUCUCUGGAUUUAUCAAUGAACCACAUGGGAAAUAUUUACUAUAUCUUCUUGAAAAUCCCUAUGUUAUACAACAUACACUUUCAAUUCCAGGUGAAUCAAUAGAGAAUUCAACUAGUGUUGUUUGUGAUUCUAGAGCAUUAGAAAAAGUUGUCAAUCCACAUAAAUUCAGAGUAUUUUCAAGAUUAAGAAAAUCAAUUGAUGGUGUACCUGUACGAACUGCUCCUGUCGACUUACCUAUAGAACAUCCAUCUUCAUAUCCUCCAUUAUCAAAUGAAAUGAUACUGGAACCAGUACCUGAUCGUUUAACAGAUUCAAAGUCUAUCGAUCGAAAAAUGACUACAAUUAGUUGUUAUAAUGGUCGACUACGAUGUGUUCCAAUUGUUUGUGAUUUAGGCAAAUUAUCGUAUAAAGCUGGACCAAUAACGCUGGAAUUUAUUGCUAGACUCUGGGAUAAUACAUUUCGUGAAGAAUUUCGUAAAGUUUUCUUAACAAAACUUCAUAUUACUGCAACAUGGAGAGCUGAUGUAAAGUAUGGUAUAGAUCUUGGUGAUUCAGAUCACGCUCAAGAUACGGUUUUGCACCUUCCAUCUGACAUCAUUCCAGCGACGCUGAAAGCACCACCCAGGGAUGUUCGCGCACCGGCUCCAGGUAUGGAUCAAGGAGGACAACGUGGUCCGUCUGAUGGUCGUGUAGCAUUCAGACGAGGUCCAGUCGCUUCUGGCAUGAGUGGAUUUGGUACCCCCGGAAAAGAAGCAGCGAUAGGUGACAGCGAAGUUCAGUUCAGAGGAGGUUAUGGUAGGGGUCGGCCCAUGUAAACACUUGAAUACAUAAAUGUCGGAAAUA